UUGCACACUCGCUGUGGUAUACGCGCGGCGAAUCGAUACACAUUGCCUCGGCGCGAACGUCGAUGCGCUUUACGAUGCAAUUUGCAAGCUUUAAUCGCCCACGUGAUGAUUAACUUUGACAAGUUUGUGAUCGAUCUGCGCCUCGCAGCGGCUUAUAGGCGAUACUUCGAUCUAUAGAUACUUGUCGGUGUGCGACGGUACAAAUUUUUCUGCGUAGUUGAAGAUAUAGAGCCGACGUACGCGGUUCGAAUUCAUCUCGAUCCCGUUAUAAAACGCAAGUACCGACCUCGGCAAUGGAUCAUUGUUAGUUGGGAUCGAAGCCGCGAAUCAUGUUUCAACUAAUCGUGCUGGUCGCCGUCGCAGCAGCAGCAGCAGUCCAAGGAUUACCCGCUGGCAGCCACAGCAGUCACAUCAACCCGUUCGCGCCGCAAGGCCGAAUAGUCGGCGGCCAGGAAACCAGUAUCGAGCGAUUCCCCUGGCAAGUGUCGCUGCAGGUGCGCGGCUAUCACUCGUGCGGAGGCAGCAUAAUCAGCGCCAAUUACAUCCUGACGGCGGGUCACUGCGCCAGCGGUCAGUCGGCGUCGAGCCUCAGGAUUCGCGUCGGUAGCUCGAAUAGGUCCAGCGGGGGUGUCCUUCACGAGGUCGCCAAGAUCACGGUUCACAAGAAGUAUACGACCAACCGGUACGGGGUGCCGACCAACGACGUGGCCGUGCUCAAGCUCAAGAAGCCGAUCGAGCUGAACGAGAAGGCCCAACCGAUCGGCUUGUUCGAUCCUCUCGAGGAGUCUCGAGCGGGAUUCCUGUCCACGAUCUCCGGCUGGGGAGCGGUUUACGAGGGAGGCUUCUCGUCCGAAAUCCUCGUCACCGUCGACGUGCCCAUCGUCAGCAAAGAGGACUGCGACGAAGCUUACUCGAGUUACGGAGGCGUUCCCCCCGGCCAGAUCUGCGCGGCUUACCCAGCCGGAGGGAAGGACGCUUGCCAAGGUGACUCCGGUGGUCCCAUGAUCAUCGGCGAGCGUCAAGCCGGUAUCGUUUCUUGGGGCAAUGGCUGCGCCAGGGAAGGUUAUCCCGGCGUCUACACCGAAGUAGCCACCUUCAGGGAAUGGAUAAAAGAUCACACCGAUGUUUAAUUUAUAUAGUCACGAUUUAAUAGCAACUUUGCGUGUGCAUUGUCAGGCUCGAUAGUAGCCAUUUCGGCUACAGGUGUAACUAUCUCUUCUCAAAUUGUAAUCUCUGAUCAAUCAGAAGCCGUUAUAAAAUCCGUCAUCAUUUUUUUAUAAGUAAAUAGAAACCACUCAACGCAUACAUUGUUGACAUUUCAUUUAUUUCAUAUCAAUUCAAUAACAUUUACGAAUUUUACUCUUACUUAAAAACUAUCAAAGAAAAUAUAUAAAUUAAUUGUCCACCUAAUGACAAUUGAUGACGAUAUUUUUCGAUAUAUUAUUUUUAUAUUAUUGUGCUCAGUAUUUAAACUUAUAUCAAUACAUUUUUAA